AUGAUUGUUAUUCUCAAGGUUAGUUUGGCAACUUCAACGGUCGUUGGUUUGCAAGUGUUCGACCAAGCUUGUUGUGUGUCGUAUGUCGAUUCCUUCAUAGAAUUCGUUGAGUCCCUUGUCGGUAAAUUGUCGCCAUUUAUCCGUAAUGAUAGUGUGGGGUAUGCGAAGAGUCCAUUGUCGGUAAAUUGCCACCAGGAUGAACUUGCACUGCCCUCUUGCUGGCGGAAAUGGAUUGAUAAUGUCCAUUCCCCAUUUUGUAAAGGGUCACGGGAGAAGAUAUGGUGUAGUUUUUUGGGAGAGUACCCUUCUUGCCAUGCUCCAUUCGCUGAUAUGUAG